AUGUUAACGUUUAUUCGAAACAGACGGAUCAUCAGUCUUAUAAGUACUCGAACGACAUUCAACUUUAUCCGACCAAACCGACUCGAGCACAAUAUAUCACACAUUAUCCGCAAAGACAUAAGCCAAUGGCAUAGCAUUUCCACUUCCAGAAGAGUUUUUUCUAAAGAUGCAGUGUCUAGCCCUAACGCCGAAACGAAAAAUGCAGACCAGAGCCUACUGUCAAUUUUAACAGAGGCACUUGACAGGGAAUCAUCACGAGAUCAUGAUCUACCAAUCCAUAAGGAAGAAAUAACGAAAUCAUCCAUAGACGCAAAAGCAGAUGUUUUGAAUUUAAACAAGGAAGAAGAAGAGGAAAAGACAUUUCGAAUAAACGUGAUUGAUCGUGAUAUUAAUGACAUUUGGAAAGAUUACAAAGACGCAGAUCCCUUACAGUUACAACAGAUGAAGGAGAGAGAUUUUAAUCGACUCCUUACAGCAUUCAAACAAAAUAUUUCAAUACCCGGUGUCUCACAGAUGAUGCAUACAAUAUUUAAUGAUAGGGGUGGUAAAGUCACUACAUCAGCAUACAACAUCAUGAUUUCAAUGUUUGCAGAGUUGAAAGAUUUGGAAUCGGCGAAACAGUUGUUUAGGAAAAUGAAAAAGAGCAAGACCGUCCCUCCAGAUACCGUAACAUAUAACACUAUGAUGCAAGCUCACUCGAAACUAGGGUCUGCGAUGAAUGCUAUUUUACUGUUCGAUGAAAUGCGUGAGCGCCAAAUUCCGCGCACGUUGCGAUCUUACACUCUCGUGAUUGAUGCAUGCGGAAGGACAACUAACGUAUACGGAGGCGAGACACGCAUUGAGAGAGCAAAGACUUUUUUCGAAUUGAUGAAAAAUGAGCAACUUCAACCCGAUGAAAAGAUAUAUAAUACACUUAUCAAAGUUUGCGCUCAUAAUACUACCAGUAUGGACCUUGCAAUGGAAUACUUUGCGGAAAUGAAAGGUGCCGGAUUAACUCCAACAAUAGUAACUUAUAAUACGCUUAUCAAAGGGUUCAUAGAACGCGGGGAUAGGGUGCGAGCAUUGGAAAUGUUUGAGGAAAUGAAAAUCGCUCGUAUUCCUCCUGACGCUUAUAUUUACGAACAGUUGGGAAGGACGGGAUUGAAUGGGAUGUUAGAGUUGAAGUUGGCCAAGAAAGAGCUAACUAUUCGAGACUAUAACGCUUUCUUGAAUCAUGCUCUUUUAGAAUCAAAUUACAGCGAAGCCCUCAAAAUCUAUAGAGAUAUGGUAUACUCAAAAGUAAAACCAAACGCGGUUACAUAUUCGCUCUUGAUCAAUGUGCACGUCAAGUUGGGCGAUCUCGAACAUGCUAUACGUGUCUUGAACUCGAUGCAGGAUGAAGGCGUGAGGCCCGAUGCUUAUACGUAUUCUAAUAUCGUUAAUGGACUUUUAUCUACCAGAAAUUUAAAGGUUGCGUUUGAAGUGUUGGAGAAUAUGAUAAAGUCAGAGGUCAAGCCGAAUGCAGCUUCGUUUAAUGCUUUUAUAACGGCAGCUCAAGAAGGUGACGAUUAUGAAUUGGCCGAGUCGAUGUACGAAAGGAUGAAAUCACUCAACGUGCAUCCUGAUCGGAUUACGUUUAAGCUUAUAUUAUGGCUUGCUGCCCAGCAUAAAAACGACGCUGUCAUCUUGCGAUAUCUCACGGAAAUGCGUGUCAAGUAUGCAAUUAACGAGAAUUCCGAAAUGUAUCAGCAGAUAAUAACUGGAUUUUGCAAGGCGGGAAAAUUAAGAGACGCAUUUCGGUGGUACAAAAGGAUGCGGGAGCGGGAACUGAAACCGUCCCAUUUUAUACUCAGCGUGCUGGCGAGGAAUUUCCACAGCGCUAAAUUAUAUAAAGACGCGCUUAAUCUCUGGUACGAGAUGGCCGCCUGCAAUUACGUGCCUGAUGAAGAGGACAUUGACAUUUUCUUGAAUUGUUGUAAUAUUUUGGAAGAGGAUAGUAUCGCUGAUGAGAUUGCAAAACAUAUGGAGAAGCAUAACGUCUCCAUAGAAGACAAAAGGGAUCGUUUAACGGCCAGCCGUUAUAACGACAGCCGUCAUAACGACAGACGUUAUAAUAACAACCGUUAUAGUGACCGCCGUUAUAAUGACAGACCUUAUAAUGACAGACCUUAUAAUGACAGGCGUUAUCCUGACCGCCGUUAUAAUGAUAGACACAUUCCAGCCUCGAAAGAACGUCAAACGAACGCUCGUAGUCGAUACAAUCCAGCUGAUAGUCGAAUAUCGGAAGAGUAUAAUUGGAAGGAGAGUGAUUAA